AAUGUUGUCUACUUCUCUACAAUAUAUUUGCAUUUCAAUUUUCUAUAUAUGUUGAAUGUAUCUGUAGUGUUGUUUAUGACCAACAGACAUUAGAGUUUUCAUUCAGCAACAUUAUGUUUGCUUUUUCUCCUCUUCUCAUUCUUUCUGGGUGUUCCAGAGUCCUUGAGGAUUCUCUUUAUUUAUCAUGUAUUAUAUUUUAAUUCACUAUUAACAUAAUUUGAUGUUACUUGGUAGCAAGUAUUUUACUUUUUUAGUUCUAACAUAUUGUUUAGAUGAGUAACUAUUUGUGACAUAAGAUCAGAACUUUUCCUGACAACUGGUUAGGUCAAUGUGGGGUCUGUUUCACUCUUGAAAUGUCAGAUUUCUACCUAAAGAUUUGUUCAAUGAAAUAUGCAGAUUUCAAGGGGAUAGCUAUUCCAACCAUAAUUUCCCUUUUAUUGCUUUCACUGAUUUUGUUUUAAAAAGCAAACAUUUAUUGUGACUCAUUUCAUAGUAAACGUUUUUUCUUUUAUUCUUAUGAAUUCUGUUAUUCUUAAGACUCACAAAAAAUCAAAAAAGUAAGACUGUGUGUGUUUGCACAGAGUAACAUGAUCAUAGUUACACUGUCAGAGAUAAAAUAAAAUAACAAUCAAAUAAAAACAGCAAAACCUAAAAUGUUAAUACAUUUUAGUUUAUAUUUUGAGCAUGCAUUUGACUAGAAACUUCACAACUGGAGACUUUACAUUUCUUUUAAUCAGUAAAAUCCAGCUCUUUUCACCUUUCUUUAACCUUUACCAACAAAAGCACACAUUUUCUUUUAAGUUGUAGAUGAGCUCAGCCUUCAUUCAUGUGUUUUCAUGAAUUGGGUAUAGCAAGCAAUGAUAAAUAUGCCAAUUUCCUCCAUAAAAUACAUAAUAACUGUGUAUAUUGUUUUGUAUUCCUGAAGUAUAAUAUAAAAAAACAUAUAUGAGAAACUGCACAUGUCUACCCUAGCCUUUAGGAAAUGUACCCACGAGCAUACACAUGUCACUGUUUCUCCCUCUCCUCCUUUUUUUCCUUCUCAGAUCUGGAUUUAUUUGCUCUUAGUGCAUAUUUCCACCAAUUUCCCUUCAUACACAUAAAUGCCAUAUUCUGUUUAGACCUCAUUCAUGUGGUUUUCAGAUUUUCUGCUAUGUAAACUUCAUUUACUAGCUAUUCCAAAUUGUUACAAAAAGCACUUUGUAGUUCACAAGAUGUUGCACCAUGAAGCAAGCCAGUAUGUCAGUAAAGAUUUGAAGUAGGAGUUGUUUAUUGUUUUUUUCUUUUUGCAACAUCAGAUAUCACAUGCAGCCUAUCCAUGCUCCAAUCAUGGUGCCUCAUUUUCAGCAGUGUUAAAUCGAUUUCUGAACAGAGAGUACUCACACAAUUGCUUGCCUUGUACUGUGAAGCAGAGCUUUGUCCAGGCACUACAUUAUUUUGUCUUCUUAGAAUUGACUAAUACUGGAAAUUCCACAUAGGCAUGGCUUUGGAUUUGUUGUUUUUUUCCAAAUGCAAGUUAGCUCAAAGUCAGCAAUAUGUAUGCUAUCUUGUGUGAGAGGCAUCACAAGGCAUCUGGGAAAACCCACGGGUGGAGCUGAUGUUAAUUUGAAUCUAUCUUGAGACUUAAAUGAGUGAAUUAUUAGGAUGAGCAGAUUUUUAGAUGUCAGUAGCUUCUCAAUGGGUUUACAUUAAAAUUCAAAUCCUUGUCUAAAAUUCAGUAGUUUGAUAAUACACUGCACAACAUUUUUAUAAGCAGCUUUUAAAAAUUAAUUUUAAGUAUGAUUUUUUUUCUAGUAGAAGUAUAAAGCAAGCACAUGCUGACCUUUAAUAUUUAAUCUUCUGGAUGAGCAUCAUCGUAUUUUUUCCUUAGUACUUUUCUUUUUUUAGCUCCAGCACAGAAGAGCUUCAGAGAGAAAAUGGAAAUUACCCUUUUAUUGAAAGUAAUCAAAGAUGCUUCAUUCCUCCAUAUUGUCAUUCUAGAAAAGCACAUUAAACAAAAUAAUGAAUACAUUGAGAAUAUUUUUCAUAAGUUUUACAAUGGAAGAUUUCUGAAUUACUAUGGAAGAAAACAAUGUACAGUGGUACUCGGCUACCUGCCUCCCUGAUCAGUAAUGCAGCACAUAUCCAGCCACUGCAAAAUAGAACUGAUUGGGAAAUAUCAGUCUUUCUUUUAUGAAAGACAAGGCUUAAAGAAAUAGCAAAACAAUAAACACUGAGAAUAUUUGGUCCUAAGCUUUCCUGCUUGCAUAUAAAAAGAUUUGCUGUGCCCAUUUGUUGGAAUUUCUUUACAUAUUUUUAUUAAUAGAUGCACAGCAUUCAAGGGGAGGAGUAAAUUACAUGUAGAAAUAGCUGGAAACAUAUUCAUUUGAGGUAAGUAUUACAUUAUCAAUUUCUGGACAGUUGAAAAUGGCUAGAUCAUAUAUCAGCUGCUGUGAUUCCAAUAGCAAAGCAUGCCUGAGCUUGCAAAAAUGCAUGUAAGUUUCAGUUCAUCGUUGCAACCAGUAGAAUUUACUUAAAAUUAAACAUAUAUCGGAUUGCAUUGCAGCUAAAAUAUAUAUCUGCCUUGGCAAUAUUUUGGUUCUUCUUGGAAUUUGUAAGAGCCAACAUUAUAAAAUACAGCCUGUGCCAGAUUUGCCUUGGCAGCAUCCCUUCCAAGAUACAUCUUCUAAUUUUAGCUAAGCAAGUGGCAGUAUAAAUCCCCAGUGGGGAAGUCGCAGCGAUAAAACUAUUACAAGAUCAGCUGUUUACAAAUUACGUCUUGCCGGCUUGCACAAAACGACAAUUUUGAAUACUUUUCCAAUAGCCUCCUGGGAAGUUGAUUCUGUUCAGUCUGGUUUGGAAACUGUAUUUGAACUUUUCUACUGUGAAGUACUUUCAAUUCACUUUGCUAGGCUGCUCUCAAAAUGGUUGAAAUUUAUUUCAUUUCAUUUAUCCUUAUCAGCUAGAGGUUAUCUUUCCAAAAACGUAUUUGGUGAUAAAAUAUUUCAUUCCAUUUGUCGUCUAAAAUAAUACAGAAUUCUAGUCAGGGAUUACUAUCUUUUGAGCACUGGAAAUACUGGGAACACUUCUGAGUCAUCUUUUACCUCUGUUAAAAAUGUUACGGACAUGAGCUUUUUUUUUUUCAACCAUCUACCUUUCAGAAAAAAUCUUCAUCUGCAAAGAAUUUAAAGGUCUUUCCUAUAGAACACACCAAAUGCCAUGCCUCUUGCAUAGAAGUCUGGGGCAGGUUUCAGGAUAGCUGCUAGUAAUGCACAGGGACUGGGGACCAGUUUCCCACCCCUGACAGCCCUUGAGUCCUUCAAAAGACCUAAUUUUCCCUUUGUUUCCUUCCAAACUGUCAACAAGAAAUGAUGUUGCAUCACUUCUUGUGACCAUUUCAUGGGCAAAAGAGAGGGAAAGGAAGGAUUUGAGAAGGGGGGGGGACAUUCUGGGGGAGUUUAGAGGUUUGUGUUUGCAUGUGUUUGGGUAUAGAGUUUGGGCCUUUUUCACCAUGCUGAAAAUAUCAAUAAUUUGUGGGAUUAGGGGACUUUGGGGAUUGAUGUUUAAGGGGGGGGCAUAAAAAUGGGAUCUUGGGAAGGCAUGAGGAUUAUGUGUGAAAUCAAGAUAUUUUUAGUUCUACAGGAUCUUUAGCCUUCUGGGCCAAAAAAGUACUGGUGCCUCACCAAACUACAGAUCUCAGAAAUUCAUAGAUUGGGCCAUGGCUGUUGAACUGGUGUCAACUGCAUUAAUUUUAUAGUACAGAUGCACCCUAAGACUUCAUUGUGUCUCCAGUGGUGCUUUUUGUGUUAGUGGUAUUAGUGACUCCACCACUAGGUUCCAAUUCUACCUUUAAAGGAGCUGUUCAAAGUAUUGAAUCUUCAAAAGAGGUUUGACAGCUUGAUUAGUUACUUUGAAAUUCAGAUUAAAACCUGUAGCAGGUUCACCAUCACAUUGAUAGACAAACUGUCUCUUCUGAUAAGAUCAUGUCAGGUAGUAAGUAGCUCAGUAAGCAAGGUCACAUCAAUUUCUGGGGUUGAGAUUGAAUGAAAAAGACACAUCCUAAUGCAGAUAGUCCUUUUCAGCACCACAGAGAGCUCCCAGUGCAAUACUUGGGUUGUUUUAGUUUUUCCCUGUUCUUAGCAAUGGAGAGGCAUUGUAAAUAAGUAAAAUGUGGAAGCUGGCAUUGCCUACUCUGCUCCAUUGAGUUUUGUAAUUCCUGUCUUUUGUGAACCAUAGAACAUUGAGCUCAAGCUAAAUUGAAGAGCCAUUUCCUCAUCCUGAAAGAACAUACAAGAUAAAAUGCUGAAAUUCUUUCCUGAGUGAGAGUCCUCCACAUUAGAGCUCAUGGGGACAGAUUCAUGAGACCCAGCCAUUCUUUUUCAGUCUGAGUAUAGUUGACUGGAUCACUGUGGGUAUCUUGAGUUGCUUCCCAAUGACUGUUAUCAUUCUGUGUAAUCACAGUACCGUGUUCAGAAUAUUGAUUCUCUAUAUAAAUCUUACGUGCUUUACCACACUCACAGAAUUGCAGCAUAAAAGAUGUUAAUUCCUUCUUUUCCUGUUGUUCAUCCUAGUUAUGUUAUUUUCAAGGGAAAAUUUGAUUAUUUUCAUAGAAAGGUUUCUGGGGUGAUGGACAGGAUGAUCUACUGAGUAUAAAUUUCCUUAGCAAUCAAGUCUUGCAUGUGUUUCUUGGACUGGGGCAUGGCAUUUUUUCAGUACACUUGACCUUUAUUCUUGUUUGAUUUCACCUCCUAGACAAAGCUUAGAUCUUUCAACAAAGUCAGUACAGUUAUAAUGAGUAUUCAAGGUAUUGUUGUUGCUGUGAAUUUAAAUGUGAAUACUUGUUGCUUCUCAACACUCCAAAGUCAUUGGUCGUCAUUAGUUCUGGUAACUUCCUUAAGUUUCUGUCCCUCAAAAAUACAAUCCAUCAAUUUUUUGUUGGCCAGUAUCUGAACAUCUGUGAUAUUCUAGAGAAAAUCAAUAUGAUAUGGUUCUUCCUUGAAUGGUCUAUAGCUGGGAAAUAGAAAGAGAAAGAAAUGGAGACAUUGUAAGGAGAGAUAUAAUACUUCCUUAUUUCCACUAGAAGCAGUUACAAUUUUUCAAAGACUGGGGAAUGUAUAAUUGCAAGUUUUGGCUUAUUAUGCAAAGUCUAGGAGAUCAUCCAGAGACUUCCCAAAAGAGAUGAGUUCUUAUAAGAAAGAAAUAAGGCAAGGAGGUUUUUGGAACUUCUUCCAGGCAUAAAAGACAGCAAAAGGAAAUAUCUGGAGUUAUUCUGAGGACCAAAGGUCCUUUGGCUAGCUAAGCAUUACAGGUACUUGGAUAAAAAAAAAAAAAGAUACAUCCCAGAGGAUGAAAGGUGGCUGGAGCAGGACAAUAUGCAGAAUAGCCUAAAGUAUAGCAGAGGAAUAUAGUUUAACAAAGGAAGAAAAGUGAUGUAUUUAUUUUCUUACCCGCCUCUCCUCAUGGCUCGAGGCGAGUUACAGCAUUGAUAAAAAACACAAUCAAAAACACAUAAUCAUUUAAAAACACUCUGUAAAAUACACAUAUUAAAAUACAUUUACAUACAAUAUAUAUUAAAAUACACAAACAAAAUUUGACAUAAAAUUAUGAGGAGGAGGAGGAAUAGAUGGUAAUACUACCAUUAUACCUCUGAUUAAUAGCUACCAUCCGUAUCUGUGCCCUGUUCACCUCACCAGCUCAAUAGACAUCUUGAGCAAUGAUCAAUCUAUUUGCCCCCAAGGAACUAGGAAUGGUUCUCUUUGAUGUUUGAUGUUUUGCUUUAUGUUUGAUAUAAUAGGUUGUGUUUUUAAUUUAAUUUUAGUUGUUGAGUUAUAAUUUGUUUUAUAUGUUGAGUUGUCAAUUUUCAUUAUAAUGGGUGUAUUGUUGUGUUCAGGCAUUGAAUGUUUGCCUUUUAUGUUUGGAAUCCACCCUGAGUCCCACUGCGGAGAUAGGGUGAAUUAGAAAUAAAGUUUGUUAUUAUUAUUAUUUAUUAUUAUAAAAUGUAAGUUUAAAUUUUGCCAUUAAAACUGUCUGGGUUGGCCUGCCAGAAGAGACAGGUCUUCACUUGUGUCUUAAAUUCUGACAGCUGAUUUAACUGUUGGAGCUCUACCUGUAGUUUGUUCCACAGCCUUAGGGCGGCUGAUGAAAAGGUCCUCUGGGUGACAGUUGCCAGUCAGGUUCUGGCAGGCUGGAGCAGACACCCCCCAGAGAACCUAAGUGUGCAGGAUGGAUUGUAUGGGAGAAGGCGAUCAUGUAAGUAACCUGGACCCAAACCAUGUAGGGCUUUAAAGAUCAAAACCAAUACCUUGUACUUUGCCUGGAAACUAAUUGGCAGCCAGUGGAGUAACUUUAGGAUAGGUGUGACAUGUUCACUCCUGGAUGUUCCCGUAACCAAUCUGGCUGCCGUAUUUUGAACCAGCUGGAGUUUCUGAACUUGGUACAAAAAUAGCCUAAUGUAAAGUGCAUUGCAGAAAUCCAGUCUUGAUGUUACCAGCGUGUACACUACCAUCUUCAGGUUCUCCAAAUCUAGGAAAGGGUGCAACUUGCAGAUCAGCUGAAGCUGAUAGUAAGUGCUCCUGACAGUUGCAUCUACCUGGGCUGACAUUUGGAGAGACUGAUCCAAGAGCACUCCCAAGCUGUGGACACAGUAUUUCAGUGUUUUUGUUAAAAAAAACAGCAUAGAUCAAAAUUCUUGUCUUGUCUUUUUGGGAAGGGAGGGGAAGGUUGUAUGGCUUCAGUAGGAAUAUUUGUAAAAGCAAUAAAUUUGACAUACUGUAGUUUUGGGGAGGGUUGCAUUAUUUCAUAAUAUUCCUUUUCUUGCUUUAUGUGUUACUUGGAUAUAUAUUGAUAUUUAAUAUGACUAAUUUGAUAUAUUUAAGUAGUUAGAGGUGUUGUUGGGCAUUAUGUGCCAUUGUUGGCAGCUAUUCUAGCCCCAUUCAGUUUAUCAAAAGCUAUGCAGCUGAUUUUGAAAGAUGAUGGUUGCAAUUGUAACAAUUAGUGAAUGAUUCUAAAUUUUGCAGCUCAUUCUUAAAAUGGAUCAUGAUUUAUUUUUCUCUGUAGGAUUCUUCAUCCCAGAAUUUAAAAGGAAGAAUGGAGUACACAGAUAACGUUGAACAUAACAGGAACUGUAUGAAGAUCCUACUGAGCAUAAAGUGGCAGGAAGAGAUCAAAUUAUGACAUCAUCAUCCAAAGGGAUUUUCCGGCCAUUUCUAUUUAUCUUUAUUAUGCUGGGCUGCUUUAUGACAUGCCUGCUUAUUUAUAUCAAGCCGACAAACAGCUGGAUCUCCAACCCCAUCGAAUCAGCAAGCUCAGUUCUGAAAAUGAAGAACUUCUUCUCUACCAAAAGUGAUUAUAUCAAUGAGACGACUAUUCUGAUAUGGGUGUGGCCAUUUGGCCAGACGUUUGACCUGAAAUUUUGCCCAACAUUCAACAUACAUGGGUGCCAUCUCACUACUGACCGCACACUGUAUAACCGCUCCCAUGCCGUGCUCAUUCACCACAGAGACAUCAGUUGGGAUCUGACUAACUUACCUCAGCAACCAAGGCCGUCGUUUCAGAAAUGGAUCUGGAUGAACUUGGAAUCGCCAACACACACUCCGCAGAAGGCUGGGAUUGAACAUCUUUUCAAUCUGACACUCACUUAUCGCCGUGAUUCAGAUAUUCAAGUGCCUUAUGGCUUCAUGAUGGUCAACACAAACUCCUUUUUGUUUGAAAUGCCAAAUAAAGAAAGGCUGGUUUGUUGGGUGGUGAGUAACUGGAACCCUGAACAUGCAAGGGUCAAAUAUUACAAUGAACUAAGUAAAUACCUUGAAAUACAUACCUAUGGGCAAGCAUUUGGUGACUAUGUGAGCGACAAAAAUUUGAUCCCAACUAUUUCCACUUGCAAGUUUUACCUUUCUUUUGAGAAUUCUAUCCACAAAGACUAUAUCACUGAGAAACUUUACAAUGCCUUUCUGGCUGGAUCAGUGCCAAUUGUUCUUGGCCCUCCUAGAGAAAACUAUGAGAACUAUAUCCCAGCUAGUUCUUUCAUACAUGUGGAGGAUUUUCUCUCCCCGAGGGACCUUUCAGAGUAUCUUUUGAUGCUUGACAAAAAUGAUAAAUUGUAUAUUAGCUACUUCAACUGGAGGAAAGAUUUUUCAGUGCGCCUUCCUCGAUUCUGGGAAUCACAUGCCUGCCUUGCGUGCGACCAUGUAAAAAGACACCAGGAAUACAAAUCCGUUGGUAAUUUAGAAAAGUGGUUUUGGAACUAAACUUUGAACUUUUUGCACUUUAUACUAAAAAGCAAGGAAAAAUAAUUAUUUGAAGAUGAAGAAAACAUCAUCAGUCAAGGGGAUCACUGUUUAUCUUGUCCAUUCUUGGGUAUAACAUAUUCCAUUUAGACUACUGUUCCUAAAUCUGGAUGAUUAAUUCAGAAUCAAACCUAGAACCUUUCUUUAGAAAGUAGGAGGGAAUCUGAUUAUUUAGAUAUGCCUUUGAAAAGAAACUAAGAACUGGCAACCUGAGGGAGAUGCUCGAUUGCAUUGUGGAAGCAAUGGGCAUUCUCAUGAUUUCUUGUUAUAUUUUAAUGCAACAACUACCCAACAUGAAGAAUUUACAAGUAGCAAAUUUUGCAGUGUGCAGCUAAGGGGUGGAAAAACUAAUCCGUAACUCAAAUGGAAGCAUUUUGGAGAUCCAUACAUGUGUCUGGCACAAAAUGGAUACACAAAUAUUUCUUUCUGAGCCACUGGCAUGGAACCUUAUUUAUUUUGUUGGAAAUCCUGCUAUGUAUAUAGCUGGUUAUAUGCACUGAAGAGUAAUGUUAUUGUUUACCAUUCUUUUUAAAAAAUAUUUUAUCCCAUUAUUAAAUGAAUUACUCACUGGCCAAUAUAUGUGGUGAUGAUGUUUACGUUGGCUCAGAUCAUUUCCUCUGGGAGUGGGGGAAAAUGAUAAAAAUAAUGACUUUUGGUAGAGUAGAGGUUCGUGGUAGACUUGUGGAUUUUGGCUUGUGGAACUAGAUUUUAAAAAACUCUUAUUCAUCCUCUCUAAUAAUAUUUUUAAAGCAAAACCCCUCAGAAAUACUUGGAUUUUCCUCUAAUUAAACUUAAUGUCUAUUAAGGUUUACAAAAUUUCCACAUACUUAGAUAUAUGUCCUGAAGUGCUUUUCUCUUCCUUUCUUUGUAAUUUAAUUUUCAGAAAGGUUAAGAUUAAUUUUUGUUUCAGUUUGGGUCAAAGAAAUGUGCCAGGUCAGACUAUUCUAGCCCAAUUAUUCUCCCAAGUUUCAAGUAGAGAUCAAGUGCUCCAAUCUGGUCCUGUUUAGUUGGAGAUACUAACAAAUGGUUCUGCGAUAUUCAAGACACAAAUUAUGUGAUCUAUUGCUGAACCAUGGUCCCUUCCAUGAUAAGCAAUCAUAAUGGUCUCAUCCAAAAUAGAAUGGGAAGACAUAUUUGAUGGCCAGUCUAAACUUUCUAAGCUGAAGACACAAAUAGGUUUUUUAAUGUCUUGUUUCACGAUGGAUGCAAAACCCUUUUUAUCUAGAGUUUUUGGGGCACAAUGAAAGACUGCAGCCUCUUUACCAAGUAUAACAUGACUGCUGACAGAACUGCUCACCUGUUUGAAAUGGAGAAGAGGAAGUAAGCCAGUGACCAGAUGGUUACCAGUACCAUCAGUAUUCAUGAUUUGUUCAACACUGUUCAAUACAGUUUGAGAGCUGGUGCUGGAUAUAAUUUCUUCUGCCUUCCCAGCAUUGUUAAUCUGUGAGCAGAGACCUGUUUCUAAUUGUGUUUUCAUUGAGUAGUAGAACAUUAAAUUCUAUUUCAAAGACAUAUGUAAAUGUACCAUAUUGUCCAGAAUGUCUAGUAGGCAGCUGACUUGGAAGAUAUUGAAAAUCAAGAAAUAAUUUUUCCAAGUAUAGAAUACUACUAUUCUGAAGAUAAAUUAAGGUGACUUCAGCGCAUUGAGAUAUUGCUAUAAUGACUCCAGGGUGUAUAUUUUUGAAAUGAAUAUGGGAAGUUGCAACCAUUAUUUUAUUUUAAAGGAUUAUUCCACUGACUCAGCACUUUGUGGCUUGAUCUCCUGUCCAUUUGUGAAUGUAUUAACUGAAAUUUUGCUUGAAAUCACAUAAAUUCAACAGAAAACAAUGACUUGUUUAGGUAGUGUGGAUGGGUUGCAAGAAGAAAUAUGUACUCAGAGUUCUUUUCUCGCCGGUUUCAUCAGGGAAAACUGUGCUGCUUUCUUCAAAGAAUAUCAUUGAAUAAACAAAAUCUAGAAGUCUUAUAAGGCAGCAGAGCCCUUAAAUACAGUUAACUCUAAAUUCAGUAACUGAAGAGAUUAAAUGUCUAAAGAUAUGAAAUGAAAGGAUAAAGAAUUAAAUGUACUUUGAAGUGUGUUGCUUUGAUACUAUUUACUGUGCUGCUCCAGUGAAGAACUACACCUUUUAAAAUUGUUGUGGAUCCUAGCAGCUAAUGAUAUUUAACUGUAAUACACACUCACAUUAAGCUUCAAAAGGUACAAAACUAUUCUAGUUUUGUUUACAAAAAUCUCAAGACUCAAAUUAAGCAUUUUCCUCAGAUUUUUCUGUAGUAUUUGAGUUUUGCAGUUGCCCAUUUCUAAUUCUGUCAAAAUCAGUUCAAGUGUGCCCUCUCAAGAGACUAGCAGACCCAUGGAAGCAUCUCUGAGAACAUGCCUACUUCCUUUAGCUCACCACUGUGUCCUUGUCUGCUCUACCAGUAUACACAAACUCAAUAGAUACAAGCCUACAUAUCUGCUUCUUAUGGGAUCUAAAACCCUAUGUGUUUAAUAUCUACAUUAUGGGCAAAAAUUGUUCAUGAAAGAACAGCUCUUAACCACAGCAGUGGUUCUCAACCUGUGGUCCCCAGAUGUUUUUGGCCUAUAACUUUCAUAAAUCCCAGCCAAUCCUGUUAAGAUUUCUGGGAGUUGAAGGCCAAAAACAUCUAGGGACGCCAGGUUGAGAACUACUCUACAGUGACCCCUUCUCCCAAAAGGGGGGCAAAUCAGCUUUGUGGCAGUUGCAUGAUGCACAGAGCUGAUUCAAGUCACUGAGACCUUGAACCACGUUAACAAAAGUCAUGACUUGCUCCAAAUUCUCCAUGAGAAUCCAAAGCAAACCACAACUUUGGAUCUGUGUAAGGUGAAAGCAUACACAAUUGUUUACAUGGCCACACCUCCCAUUUUCAUAGUCACAGUGGGCAUAACAUGACUAGUAGCCAUCACUUGUCACCUGAAGCUAUGCUAGUCAAAGCAACAAGGUGAUCAGAAAAGGAAGGGUGGGGAGAGAGUCAAUUCCUCCUCACUCUGCUCCCACGUCAUUUCGACACCUUGACCAAUGCCACUUCAGAUGAUAAGCCAUGGGCACGAGUCAUGUCAUGUUUACUGGCCACUGUGACAACACGAAUAGAAGGGGAUGUUACGCUGCCAGACAGUUAGGACUCCCACCUCCUCAGCAGUGAAGGGGCUCACAAUCAAAACCAUCCAGGUGCUGAUCCAGCAUUUGCCAUUCUGGGUCAGCCCUGGGAUAAAGGGUCCAUGUAGAACUGCCUAAUAUCCACAUAGGGCUGAAAUAUAUGAACCCAAUGGGCACUGUGAUCAGUUCAUUCCAUUUUAUUUGUUACAUUUUCAUUCAUUGUCCACCAGCAGGUGUAAAGAUAUAUUAUUUACUGUUCUAUUACCAUGUAAUUUAUGGCAACAAACAUAUCAUCUUAAAUGAAGAUGUAGUCAUGUUUAGAGUAAACCCAUUUUUUCUGUGGGAAUGUUAUACAAAAAAAAAUCCUAAUCCCCAUUGACCAAUUAUGACCAAGUCUGGAUUCAGUGUGAUGGUUAUGUUAAAUAAUGUACAAAUUAACCUUUGCUGUUUGAAAUAUAAUUAUUCAUAGCCAUUCAUAGCACAGAGUCACUGUGAAUUUGCAAUGUAACUCUGUGUUAAUUGUGAUCUUUUGUACCAGAACUUUGGACGUUGCAUGUUCCAUUAAACAUCUAGGCAAAUGGAUCUGUCAUGCAUUAUAGUUUUUUCUGUUCUUCUCAGAUAAGACAUGUGGCAAUUACUUCUUAAUACAGUAAUUGUUUAUUGAGAGAAGUGUCAUAUAACCUGUGAAUUAAUUACAAUAGAACAAAGCUAUUGGUAUGCAUUUCCUUGAAUGAGAAACCAUUCCUUUUGUGAGCACUCUCAUGUACAGUGUGGUUCACAUGAAAUACUGAUUCAGAGCAGUGAUCUCAAAGGUUUAUGAAGUAUAAAAUCAGAGGUUGAAACUGACAUUUCCAUUUUUAAAAUGAUUUGAUCUUCUCAUUCCUGAAUAUUUGUGUCACAGUUACACGUAUAAAGUGAUACAAUAAAAUAUAGUCUUUUUUUAAAACCUAAAUGGAGUUAUCUAACUUGGAUCUGAUGGUGCCUGUUACAAGCAGAAUAGAUUUUUGCUUGUAGUGGGGUAUGGGGAGGGAAAGAAGAUACAUUAUCUUCAAUGUUUCUCUCCAGCUGGACUCCCCUGUGUCAUUAUCCAUACAUUCCUAAACCUUCCCAAGCUCCCAGAUUGAUUUGAAGGGCAUGUUGGAUUGCUGUGGUAGGAAGCCCACAUCUGUGUUGUGGAUUCAGUUCAUAGGACCCAAACUUCUUUGUAUAUAUUAUAUCAUAUAAUCAUACAUUGUAUUUUUAUUUGUAUUUUUCAUCAAAGCAAUAUGCUGCAAAUCAUAAUGAAGGUUGUGUUUCCAGAACUCUUUUUGUGUCAUGUUAAUGAAAUCCAAAAGAGAAUACUUUGUCAAAGUAAUUUAGAACUGGAGUUUUUCUCCAAUCACAGUAUUGCUGCUGCAUGUUUCACAGUAGUGACUGCUCCUGACCCUUAAAUAUUUUUCUUUUCCCAACUGGUAUUCUUUUCCUUCUUUUAAAUAUUAAAUCAAAUUUAAAUGGUAUAAUUGCCUUUAUAUCAUAGCUUUUGGAUGCACCACGGCAGAAACAUGAUGCAUGUUUCUUUCCUACAAGUAAUCACGUAGCCUUGGUCCAGCAAAAAUGUCAUAUUGUGGCCUUUUGUGGACUAGGUCAGACAUGUCUCUUCUGUGCUAACUGCAGUGUUCUUCUGAUCUUUAAGGUGAUUUGAUAAAUUCCUGAUGGAAUUUCUGAUUUUCAUAUAAUAUUUUAAAAAAAUAGUUUUGUGUCAGCCUAAAUACCCUAAAGGUACCAGAGAUCAUAUGAUCUUUGAAGCUAAGAUCUCUAGUUGGUACUUGGAUAGGAGAUUGCCUUUGAAUAUCAGGUGCUGAAGGCUAUGUUUCAGAGGAAGGAACUAGUAAAACUACCUCCAGAUAUUCCUUGUCUGAAAUUCACUGGACUGUCUUAAAUUGACCCCAUAGUGUCUUGGAUCCCAUAUUGAGAGAAAGUUCAGAUAUACAUUAAAUAAGUUGUCAAAAAUGUCCACCAGUAUAUUUAGUCUAGACAAAUUAUCUGGAGACUCCAAUACAUCUCUGUCACAGCUGUGCUAACAUUUUGGUAUAACUGUUGCUGAAACACUGAAGCAAAGCUGGACAUGAAAAUAAUUUUUAUAGGAGCUCUCAACCUGGUACACUGUUUCCUUGUAUGAGGCCAGACCCCAUUGCAUUGCAGCAUUGUGCAUCUCUUUACCCUUGAAAUUGGAUACAGUCUAUUUUUUAAAAAAAAUAUAAUUCCAAAUGGAUCACAUUAAAGGGGCAGAAGUACAUUUCAAAUUUGUGGGUGUUUGUUUUACAUAGUUGUACAGCUAUUAGCACUUACAGAGUUAGCAAAAACAGCAUGGCAUGUUUCGUUACCUCUAUAGAAAGAAAACAGGGACUGAAUAAUUCUGUGUUACACAUCAGUGCCACUGUAUACAAUUGUAGCAAUUACGAAGUAUUAUAGGAAAUGAAAAUCGUGCUUUGGUUUGCUUUUAAGUGUCUUGAUUUUAUAUUUGAAGACUGAUAUUUUUAUGUGUGAAGACCAUGCUGUUUCAAUUCUUCCAUUCUUUUUCUAAUCACUUUAAUUGCCACCAUCACACCUCUAAAAGGAAAUUUAGUUACUCCAAUUCUGUAACUUUGUUUCUUGAAAACAAAGUCUAUUAUUGAAUAUGGGUAAUGCAUAGGUUUAUAUAUAAAUUAUUCUGUGAAAUGUGAACAUUAACCCAAUGAUUCUAAACAGGUCUCUUACAUUUUACUAAACAUUUAUUUAAAUGCCCUACAAUUUAUUUAGCACAAGGGCUUAAUUAAAUGUCCAAGACACUGACCUACCAAUAUCUUCAUUUUAAUAUCUAUACAGAACUAGUGUAAGUCCUAACAAUCUUCCCAAACUAGUAAGAUUUAUUGAAAUAGGUAUAUAUAGGGAAUUAUUAGAGUUGGUCCUCUGAAGGGCAUUAGAUAGGGAAGCGAGCCUAUAAGUUAGCUGCACAAUCACUGAAUGUUAGUUAUGUCAGGUCAAUUCACAAGUGAUGGAGUUACAUCAAAGGUUGACUUUAGAGCUUAUGAACAAGAAACAAAAGAUGCAGCAAGUGGAAUCAGUUCAGUGUUGUACAAUUCCUUACAUCCCCAUUAAACUCUGCUACUAGAUUAUAAAGGGGGUGUCUUUAUUUACUUAAUAUGUUUGAUCUGUUUUUAUCCAUCUUGGAGUUUUGUUUCUGUGCCACCAAACCAAGCUUAGCAUUAUAUCCAGACAGAAUAUAAUUCUCUCCCAUAGUUAUCAAAUAUUUGAAAUAUUGCAGCCUGCCAUUUUUCAAACAGAUUACUCAUUUUAGAUAAUUGUUUUCUAGAAUUGGGAAAUAGUGUCUGUUGAUGGCAUAAAUAUAACUAGGGCAGAUGUGUAGGUGCUUUAUUUUGGAUAAUGAGGGAAGGAGCUAUCACUUGAGUACUUAUAAACAAUGCACAACUUCUUCCAAAGACAACUGUCAAGAUGGUAAGAAACUGUUGCAGCCAUUGGCUAACUGAGUGAAUAAAGGAGAGAUAUCUGAGUGGCCAAAAAGCAGGUGGCCUUGGCUAGAACUGCAGCUGAGGGGAACAGAAACAAGGUCAUUCUCCCAGAAGAAGAGCAAUCUCCCUUUUCUUUCCCUUGCAGAUGAGACAGGUUACAGCUUGACUAUUUUGGGUGUCUUUCGCAUUUAUUCUCCCCAUCCACCAGUCAAAAGUUACAGAAAUAAUAACAACACUAAUCCCCAGGUUGAAAAGGCUGAGAGAGGUGCAGAUCUGAAUGCACAAAACAUGAUUUUCCACAUGUGUGAUGCAGAAUCCAGCUGAUUCUCUUUAAAAUUUAACUCCAGUGGCAAUCCUGUGAAUUUCACAGGUUUUCUUUUAGAUAAGAGAUUGGUUUUGCCAUUUCCUUCUUCAGAAAUAUAGCCUACAGCCUACAGUACUAAUUGGCAGUCUCCCAUCCAACUGCUAACCAGAGCUGGCCAUGCUGAGCUUUAACAAUCAGUUGAGAUCUGUGCUUUUGGGGAUUUGGCAUUGCAAUACAGUUGAAUAUUAUCAUUGUUUCAUCCUAAUAAGAUUUUAAAUAUUUCCGUCCGGUAUCUUCUGCAUGAAUGUGAAAAUCAGGUCUUGUUCUACAGCCUUUGUAAUGAAGAUUUUAAACUGUUUUUAAGUAGAACAACCUAUACUGAGUCUCUAAUUUUGGUUUAGUACAAAACAUAGUUAGAAGAUGGGUUUGUGGCAUGACUUUGCACAAUAUAUUCCCCCAAGAAUUGAAUUUCUUAUGGAAGCAAUAUAGUCUCAAAGUAGCUCUUAAUCUGUUCUUUUAAUUAUGUGAUCUGAAAAUCAUUGGGUGCUUCUGUUUAAUAUUCCUUUAUUUUUUUCUACCAUGUGCAUAUUUUUAUGGGAGAAUGGGCAGAUUAGUGAUGUGGGGAAGAUAAGCAAAGCCUUGCAUGUAUGAAUUGUUAUCAAACUGAAAUUAAAUUGAUUUUGACAGCUGUUUAGUGCUUAAAGUAAUGAUGUCACUCCAGCCCUUACUGAGUGAAGAUCUCGAUUGCAGAACCUUCAUCCAGAGGGCAGUUACAAGACUUCAUAUUAGACUGUCUGUUCUUAUUAGAUGCAGUAAUAAUAGCAACAACAGUCACAACAAGAAUGGAUCUGUAAUGCACUACAUGAGUUUUAGGAGCCUACGUGAUGCAGUGAUUUGAGUGUAGAUUCAUAUCCUUGUUUUAGUCAGGGAAAUCCUAGGGGAUGGUUUGGGGAAAAUUGCUCACUCUCUCCUCCCUCCUGUUAUUAGAAGAAAAUGGCAGUUGAGACACCAUGAUCACUCAGGUGGUUUUCCCAGAGUGAGGCUCAACCACUGCACUCUGGAUGAGCCAACCCCCGCAGUUUCCACAGGAAACCUGACAGCACAAUUUGUGAAUAAAUCUUGCCAAGUAAACCCUCAGACAGGAUCACCAUAAAUCAGAGCUGAUUUGAAGGCACACAAUAACAACAAAAGUAAUAGUGAUCCGAGUCAUAACUGCACAUGCCAAAAAUACCAAUUCAGAGAAAGGGAUAUGUACUAUGACAAUGUGAAUUUAUAUCAUGCUGCUAUAAAUUGUCUCCCCACAUUCAGCUAAGCUUUCAGUUGCUAUAUGUUUGUUAGCUAGAAGCUAAACAUGACUACCCAUAUUCUUUAUAUUUUGGUUUUUCAGCUCUGCUUUAUAACACAGUUCUUCUGUGUAUCCUAAAAAUCCCAUGGUUCAAUACCCAGUGACCACUAUUUUGUGAUCAUAUUGUACCCUACCCUUGGAGUAACCAAGUACCGUAUGUACAUAUAGUGAAUACAAACUCUAUUUCUACAAGAAUGUUAUUGGAGUAGUCAAGUAAAAACACUCUUUGAAUCAUUUGAGCUAUUCCUAAUGUGGAAUCAUCCAGCAUGUACCACACACACACACACAUACAGACACACCCACAUACAUACACAGGAUUCUGUCCUUGAGCCAACCAGAGUUAACAGAUGUCAAACUCUUCUUGUAAAAAGAGUGGCUUUUAAAAGUGCUUUACUUCUCUGGUAAAAUAAGAGGGAUUUGAAAGUGCUAUUAAUUUUGCAGUUAAAAGCUCCUACUUACUUGUUUUCUUGCCAAGAGGGGGAAAAUAGAUUAAUAUUUUAUAAAUUCUAGACAGACAGCUAAAAAUAAAUGUAAGAGCACUUAAAAGUAUCCCAAGUCAGCACCUUUAAUGUACGAAAAUACUUUUGCUGGAAUAAAACUAUCUGUCAAGCCAUCAAUAGUAAAACUCAGUACAUGGAUAAAAUGCUUUGCUAUCCACUCACUUCUAUUUGAGACAUUUUGUUCUUCUUGGACAUCUAUUGCUUAAGGGAUUAUUGGCCUGAAUCAUCAGACAUAGCUAAAAUGAUGGCAAUCCAGUGUGAGAGCUGAUUCUGUCAAUAUCAUCUCCCAUAAAACUACCUCUUAAGGUAGGCAGUGCUCCAAAUAAAGAGUUUUCAAGGUACGGCAGUUCAGGGCACUGAAGAAAAAUGAGCACUUUCCCACAUGUGAAAUGCACUGAGGAGCUUAUCACAUGAAGCAAGCAGUUUGCAAUGACAGCUUGACGAAAGCAUCUUUGCAUUGGAUUUGUCAAAUGAUGUUGCUCCUAUUUUGCCGCUCUCCCAGUGAGGAGUAAUAUCAUGUGACAAGUCCAAGACAAAGACUGUUUUCCUGCUAUAAUUGUGAUUUGUCAUUCUGUGAUAAAUUCCCCAGGAUCUUUCCACUGUUGCUUUUGCCAAGGCAUCCCAUAACCAAGAGAGCAUUACACUCAUUUCCCAGUGUUCCAAUCUGCAGACUUUCAGAAGCCCUUUUGUUGGGGGUGGCUUUUGUCUGGGUUAAAAGGUACAUUUUGGGAGUCAUGUUUAGUAAUUAGCCCCAGUAAAUGUGAAUCCCAAAAAUUACAAGAUCAUACCUCUGAUGGAUAAUUUUGUGAAUACAAUGCCAGUCCAGGUGCCAUUCCUAUACUAUUCUAUUUUAUCUAUAUGCAACCAAAAGGUCGAUCUGAAAUGUUACUUUCAUACAAUUUAAAUUUUUCAAGGGCAAAUUCACACUUGGGUAAGGGGAAUUUCCUCAUGACAAAGUCUUCAGUUCUAUUUCUACUUAUCUGGAAGUACACUGCUGGGACUUUCUGUUAGUAAACAAGUAUAGGGUUAUGCUUUGCAUCUUAAUGUGCCAACUUGUUCCCAGUGAAUGAGCACAAAUAUUUUAAGAAAUGGAGGAAAUACUUGUUAAAUAUGAUUUCUUGUAUUAAUGCACUGUAAUUUUGCACUACUUUGUAAAAAAAAGGAAGAAAUUGUUUGUAAAAAUCUAAAAUAUGCCAAAUGUACAGCAUGUAAAAUUAUAUUUUGCUCACUUCAUUUCAUCGUCCUAUUUUCUGAUUGUGAUGACAUGUGUUAACAAUAAUCGCACCGAACACAUCAGUGAAUUACUUUGAUUUUUAUAUUGGCUGCUUUCAGAUAUCAAUUUUUCUACUUAUUUUUGUAUUUUCCAUAUCUGAUUAACACAUAAUCUUAGACACUAGAUUAUGAAUUACAGAUUGAUAGAGAAUAUGUGAAUAACCUGAAUAUACAUUCUGUAGGUCAGAAACUGAAACUAUGUGCAAGUGCUUUUAGAUAACAAAAUCACUUUAAUUUUCCAGAUUACUUGAAAUUGGUUACAAAAUGGGAGGGGGUCCUAUCAGUCUUGCUGUCCUUUCUGAUAGUGAAUAAUGUUGAAAUGCUGUAGAUGUGUACUGAUCAAAUUACCCAUGAUUGGUGUUCUGGUGAAAGUUGAAAAUCCUAAUGAUGAGCUUAGUUCUGGGCAGUCGUAAUGAACCCAAGGCUUGAUAUCAGAUUCAUUCAUGGUGGGUGGUGGCUCCAGUGUCAAGGAGACAGUGAAUCUGCUCUGAUUAAGCAUAUCCAAGAUGAUGAGUUCUCUUCUCUAGAUAUAGUAGCUCAUUUAGACAGCUCAUCUAAACUCAGAAAAUUUUAUAGAAAUUACCACUACUUAGGGUAGCAAAGAGAAGGCUAUUUUUACAUGUAACACUAUGCCAAAUGCAAUACUUCGUUGUUGGGAAAUGGAUAGACCACAGAACAGCAAUUCUUACAUCAUCUUUACUAUGUACAGUAGAGUCUCACUUAUCCAACAUAAACGGGCCAGCAGAAUGUUGGAUAAACGAAUAUGUUGGAUAAUGAGAGAUUAAGGAGAAGCCUAUUAAACAUCAAAUUAGGUUAUGAUUUUACAAAUUAAGCACCAAAACAUCAUGUUAUACAACAAAUUUGACAGAAAAAGUAGUUCAAUACACAGUAAUGCUAUGUAGUAAUUGCUGUAUUUACAAAUUUAGCACCAAAAUAUAAUGAUGUAUUGAAAAUAUUGACUACAAAAAUGUGUUGGAUAAUCCAGAAUGUUGGAUAAGCGAGUGUUGGAUAAGUGAGACUCUACUGUAUUGUUUGACUUAUGUCCUACUUUUCUCCAGUGAAUGGGACUCAAGGCAGCUUACAAUGAACAAUAUAGGUAAAAUGAGGGGACAAUUAAAAUACAAAUUAAAAAUAACCAGACCUGUGUUUAUGAGACAAGAUUCUAUGUAACAUAGAUAGAUAGAUACCUUCUGUGGGAGCUACCAAAUUCUAAAGCAGUGGUUCUCAACCUGUGGUCCCCAGGUGUUUUGCCCUACAACUCCCAGAAAUCCAGUCCAGUUUAUCAGCUGUUAGGAUUUCUGGGAGUUGAAGGCCAAAACAUCUGGGGACCCACAGGUUGAGAACCACUGUUCUAAAGGGAGGCAAUUCAAAAUGUAUCAUUUAGAGAACUCAAACUCUUCUCUAAGGCUAGAUAGAGCAGCCUGACAAAAAGGAUAAGACACCCUUUUACCAUCUCUCACAGUUCAGGAAUUGCUUUUCCAUCUACAAGCAGAAUAUUCAACUGCUUUUGUAUUUCAGACAUUUGUGUUGUUGUGUUUUGCAUGUCACUUACUGUACAAAAAUGAAGGCAAAUAUCCAACUGUGAAUUUUUUAAAAAAAGAAAAGAAAAAUGCUAUCAUGGAAAAUUAUAGCUUCAUUCUCAAAUACACAUUUUAAGAAGCCAUGGAAAGACAGAAGGCCUUGUAAAAAUGUGUAUACUUUUUAUUACAAGUUGAAGCUCUUUGUGUCUCUCAAGUGUUACUCCCAAACUAAAUGAGGUUUCCUGUUGUUUGAAUAAACAUUUUACCCUCUUAAUAUGUGAAAGUAAAAUUAUAUGGUUGUAUUCCCUCUCUCCUUUUGUUGUGAAAAUUUAUGUAUUUUUGAUAAUAUGUGAUUAUGUUCAUGAAUUCAUAUUACACUGAAUACAGUCUGCAAUGAUCCAUUUUGUGGAAUGCCAGGAACAUGUAAAUAUAACAAAAGGUUUCAAUAUUUUGUCUGGAAAUUUAUUUUCCACAAGAUUUCAAGCACUUCAUUUGGUAAUGUUUAACAUAUACACAAAUUUAUUUAUUCAGCAUUCUUUCCAACAGAUAAGACACUGGAUAUGUAAAUAAAUGUCAAUAGAUGCAUAAAGUUGUUGUAACAGAUAUAUUUAAAAUAAAAAGACACAAUCUAAAUCUUUA